AUGCUCGGACGUACCGUUUUCGCCGCGACUUUCUUUGCGCUCGCUCAAUUCGCCAUGGCCAGCCCCCCUGGCUGCCUCCUCGGCGCUGUCAACCAAUAUGAAGACCCAUCUGACAUCAAGGCCGUCUGCAAGGCCAAGGACCUGAGCGAGAAGGUAGCGGAAAUCUGCGGUGACGAUGCUAAGGACGCUAUGGCUGCGAUCGCGGAAAUUUGCAACGACGCGGACGUCGACGUUUCAACUGCUAUCUCUGCUUCUGGCUCAAAGACUGCUACUGGUUCCUCUCACAAGCCCACCGGCACCUCGGGCUCUACCCUCGUCUCUCUCUACCCUACCGGCUCGAGCGGACACGGAAACGGAAACGGCACUGUUCCUGUUGCCUCUGGCGGACCUAAGCCCACGGCUGGCACUGCGACUGGCUCUUCUGGUCUACCAGAGGCCACUGGUGCCGCUGGCAAGGUCGAGUUCGGCCUUGCCGCUGUUGUUGCCGGACUGAUGGUCGCUGCUUUGUAA